GAUGAUGCAUCUUGCUCGACUGUCUCGGAGUAAAGAAAUAGUGCGAGCGACGACGCGGCACGUCGUACUCGGGGAACCGCAACGCAGAUCCGUCACGAGGAUGACGGUGCGCGACGCGUUGAACGCGGCCCUCGACGAGGAAUUGGCUCGGGACGAGAAGGUAUUCAUAAUAGGAGAGGAGGUCGCGGAAUAUGACGGCGCUUACAAGAUAACGCGCGGCCUCUGGAAGAAGUACGGCGACAAGAGGCUGAUCGACACGCCGAUCACGGAGGCUGGAUUCUGCGGCAUCGCCAUCGGCGCGGCGCUCCUGGGCCUGAGGCCGAUAUGCGAAUUUAUGACCUUCAAUUUCUCCAUGCAAGCCAUCGACCGUAUGAUAAACGGCGCCGCGAAGAAUCUCUACAUGUCCGCCGGGCGAUACCCCGUCCCUAUCCUGUUCCGAGGGCCGAACGGUAACGCCAAAGGUCUGGCCGCGCAGCAUUCCCAAUGCUUCGCCGCGUGGUUUAUGAGCGCGCCCGGCCUCAAGGUCGUCUCACCGGCGACCUGCGAGGAUUACAGGGGCUGCCUCAAGGCGGCCGUGCGAGACCCCGAUCCCGUCGUCAUGCUCGAGAGCGAGCUACUUUACAACAUAGAGUUCCCCGUGUCUGACCAAGCCAUGGACAAGGACUACCAGAUACCUAUCGGCAAGGCUAAAGUGGAGAAGCCUGGCAAGCACAUCACUCUAGUGACGCAUGGCCAGGCGUACGUGUAUACGCUUCAAGCGGCCGAGCUGUUGGCCGGACAAGGUAUCGAGGCGGAAGUGAUCAAUCUACGAUCGCUCAGGCCCCUCGACUGGGACACGGUGUUCAGGUCGAUCGGCAAAACGCACCGGCUGAUGACCGUCGAGCUGGGCUGGCCGAGAUGCGGAGUAGGAGCCGAGAUUGUCGCGACAGUUAUGGAGAACCCAGUCUUCUUUCAGCUCGACGCACCUGCGGUUCGGUGCGCCGGCAUCGACGUCCCGAUGCCCUACUCGGAGAAGAUCGAGUACGAAUGCACCCCGAAGGAUCAUCACAUAGCCGAUUACGCUAAGCGCGUCUGCGGCACAAAAUUCUGAUCCAAUGUACCUUACCAGCGAUAUCUAGAA